AUGUUGCGAGUUUUGUUUCCGGCCGUUUGGGCCGUGGGCGCGCUGGGAGCAGCCUGUGAUGAUAAUGCACCGGCUCCGCUGGCGCUGCCCAUCGCCGACACCAUCGUCAACCCGGCGAUUCCGGGGUCGUGGAUGCGGGGAGUGCGCGCGAGCAUCGGUACGCCGGGGCAGGAUAUUGUUGUGUUGCCGUGGGCGGACCUCAACAACACCUACAUCUACUCGACCGAGGACAGCCUCUGCGACUCAACCGUCAUCUACAGCGACACCAUCUGCGACGUGCGCCGCGGCCAUCUCUUCUCCGACGCCUCCUCCUCCAGCUUCAACAAAGCGACCGACCUGACCGCCGCAGGGGGCGCUGGGCAAGAACUCGGUGCCGUCCGGGGCGUCGAACUCGGCGUGCCCAAGUUACUAUCGACCUCCGUCGGCGGCACAGACCGCUUCGUCACAGCCCCCGCGAAGGUUAUACCGAAAUUCCCCGUCGGGUUACCGCGUCUCCAGUGGGAUCAUGGAUAUACCAUCCUGCACGCGCUCGGGUUGGGGGCGAACUCGACGUAUCUCAACGCGCUGGUCGAGGCAAAACAAAUCCCGUCGCGGGCGUGGUCGAUUUUCUGGGGCCGGAUGUGGACUGCCAAUGGGGCCGGGGAUAAUGAUAUGGACGGGGCAUUGGUGUUGGGCGGGUAUGACGAGGAGAAGGUCACGGGGGAGAAUGUGACGCAGAAGUUGGAUUAUAGCGAGCGGACGGGGUGUUGGACGGGGAUGAAGGUUACGGUGACGGGGCUGACGGUGAAUUUCCGGGAUGGAAGGGAUGAAGCUGUCAUGGGUCCCAACGAAGCCGUGCCGUGCUGUAUUGUCCCGCAGCGGCAGUUGGUGUGGGAAGGGCCAGGGGAUUUGGUAAGGUCGUUUGUGGAUGCUACGGGGAUGAGUAUUGAUAGCACGUCGUUUGGGCUGCACUGGAAUGCGCAGGUUGUCAAUGCCUCGGAUCCGAUGCUAUUCGACGGCGACGCAACGUUCCAACUCUCUAAUGGUCUCUCGGUCCGCAUCCCCAACUCCCAACUCAUGCCCCCCGCCAUCAACUUCGACCGCAACGGCACCCGCAUCAUCGACACCUCCAAGCGGGAAGUCCUCAUGGGCGCCCUCGGCAGUGACAACCCGACCACCUUGGGCCGUUAUUUCUUUACCGGGGCCUAUCUCAUGGUUGACCAUGAUGCCGGGACGUUCACCAUGUGGCAGGCGAAUCCGACGACGCGGUCGAAAUUGGUGUCGGUGGGGGGGAAGAGUACGGGGGGGUGUGAUGGUAAUGGGAAUGGGUCUGGGAGUGGUAACGGAAAUGGAAAUGGAAAUGGAAAUGGGAACAACAAUGGAAAUGGUAAUGGCAAUGGUGAUGGAAACGGCAGUGGAUCAGGCGGAACAGCCGGCGGAAGCCAAGGCGACACCGGAAGCGGCACCAACACCGACCAAAGCCAAGGAACCCCCGCAGGCACCAUUGCAGGCGCUGUGGUAGGUGGCAUCGCCGGCCUGGCCCUGCUCGGAGUCCUCAUCUUCUUCCUCCUCCGCCGGCGAAACGCACGCAACGGCCACGGCGCCACACCCCUCCAGGAGCUCCCGGGCGAUGGGGGGCCCGGGGGCACCAGGGGCACCAGGGGGGAAUACUACAAGCCGCCUCCGCCGCCAGAAUUGCACGAGGCGCCGGGCAGGGAACACGCGCCGCCGGAGUUACACGGGACGUCGGUGAUCAUGUCACGGUAUAGUCACAGCACUAACCCGACUACGCCGUGGUCGGCUACGAGUGGGCCGGGAGGGGGGUCGUCGGCGUAUACGUAUGAGAUGGACGGGACGAUGGGGCCGCAGACGCCGGGGUCGCAGGUUUAUUGGGGGGGGAGGCAGUAG